AUGAACGCGGCCGGCUUCCCCUGCAUGCGAGGCAUGUGCACGCUGCCGGCGCCCAGCCCCGCCGCCGCGGCCAGCCCCGGCUCCCCGGGGCCGCCCCGGGGGUCUCCCCCCGCCGGUCAGCCGCCGCCGGUGAAGCCGGAGCCGCGGGGCAGUGGGGGCAGCCCCCCCCCGCCGCCGCCGCCCCCCGAGGAUCCGCCACCCCCGGCCGGGGGCCGCCGGAGGAAGCGGCCGGUGCAGAGGGGCAAACCCCCUUACUCCUACAUCGCCCUCAUCGCCAUGGCCAUCGCCAACGCCGCCGAGAGGAAGCUCACCUUGGGAGGCAUCUACAAGUUCAUCACCGAGCGCUUCCCCUUCUACCGGGAGAACCCCAAGAAGUGGCAGAACAGCAUCCGCCACAACCUCACCCUCAACGACUGCUUCGUCAAGAUCCCCCGGGAACCUGGCCAUCCCGGCAAGGGCAACUACUGGACGCUGGACCCAGCCGCCGAGGACAUGUUUGACAACGGGAGCUUCCUGCGCCGAAGGAAGCGCUUCAAGCGCACCGACAUCACCACCUACCCCGGCUACAUGCAAAACUCCAGCGCCUUCACACCCCCACCCGCUGGCCGCCCCACAGCACCGACAGCACCCUACCCCAACGCCCUCUGCUCUCCGGGCUACGGCCCCCAGCUCUCCAGCACCGUCUUCCACCCCUACACGGCUGGGGCAGCGCCGCCGGCGCAGCAUCCCAGGAUGUUCAGCAUCGACAGCCUCAUCAGCGGCCAGCAGGCCCUGCAGCCCUCGCCACCCGCUGAGCUGGGCCACCCAUCUCUGGGCUUGCCCGGGGCCGAGCUGGCUCCCACCUGCUCCGCCGGCACUUCCGAGCCUCCCUGCUUCCAGGCGCAGCCGGUCAGCCCGGGCUUGCUGGGCCGGGCCGGCCCCAACACUUUGGCUUACCCCUACGCCGCCUCGCCCCCGCACCUGCCCGUGGCUCAGGGCAGCUACUCGCCCAGCAGCCCGCAGCUCUACGGGGCCCCCAACAGACUGGCCCUGCCGGCCAUGAGGCCCCCGGCCUGCGCCGAGCACAGCGAGCAGCUCCUGGGGCUCUCCGCGUCCCCCCUCGGCCAGUUCAGCUCCAGCAAUGCCUACAUGAGGCAGCCCAAUUUCCCCGCCGGCCUGGAGCGGUACAUGUGA